CCAAGGCAGUGUUAGUCGUCACUGCUCACGAGUUGGUUUUUAUUUCGUGGUUAUGUUCAAUUCAGUGCAAAGAUAAUAUUGGUUCAAAAUUGAAAAUUUAUUUGUGAAAUAAGCAUUGAAGCAAUCAUUUUUAGAAUAAAUUUAGCGACGAGUAAAGUAGUCAUAAACGAGACAUUUCUCAAAACGUGGUGAUGUAACAAAGAACGAAAAGGAGAAGUUUCUGAGCUAGAAUUUUUCCUUUGCUCUUCGUGGCUGCUACUCUUCGGAUUUCGACGUUUGCUGUCAACUUUUAUUCCCACUUACAAUAAUCUAAUAUGGCGCAGUAGAUUCUACGUGGAAUUUAUACGUUUCAUCGCAAAUUUUGUGUUACAACAUGGAUAAAACCACAUUCACACUUUGGGACCCGUCCCAACCGAAUGCCAAAAUGCGUAUAAUUAAUAUACCUGGUCAAGGCCAUACGCAAUAUUUAGAGUCCGUUUCUGAAAUCAGUAAAAUUGCAAGGCAACCGGCAACUAAUGAACAAAUAAUUCUACAAACUCACGAUGGACAAGAGUUUCUCGUGGACGAAAAUGAAAUUGAUCGGAUCGAUCAAAUUCCACCUGAAAAUUUAAUCUAUAUGUCUGCUGAUGAUGGAUCUUUUAUCCAAGGUGAGGUCGUCCAUGUUCAAGCCGAUGGUCAGCAAAUUCAUGAAGAGUUAGCCGUUCAACAGAAUCAGCAGCAAUACAUGGAGUGUGAAGUAACAGAAGAGGUCAUUACAGAUGAUUGGGUUCAGACAGACGGACAAGAUUGUGUGCAGGUUACUGUUGAUCAGUUGGGUGCAACGACCGUGAUUGGGUCUGCUGAAGACGAAGAAACGGUUCCGCUUCCAACGGAUCAGGAUGAGUACACAACAUCUCGACCCUAUCCGUGUGAUUUCUGUAGCAGACGCUUCCGCAAAAAGGCAAAUUUGAUGAAUCAUAUGAUUGCCCAUUCGAACGACAGACCGCACGUGUGUAAUUUAUGCGGUGCUCGCUAUAUGAGGCGCUGUGAUCUGCUGAACCACCUGAAACUGCAUGCCUAUUCGACGGAUGAUCAUGAAGAACCGAUCAGGAGCGACCCGGAAGACGACUACGACUAUGAACUAUCAAAUUCCCCGCCAACAAGCCCAGAUCAGCACUCGCCCACUCUAGAAGACGACGAUGAUGAUUUGCUGGUCCCGGCUCCAUCACAAUAUCGUACACCUAAACCGAAACAAAUUAGGAAACCCCGUGCCAAAAACAGUGCGAGUGCCGCAAAGUUAAGCAAAAAACCAUCUACCUCAUCAUCUAACAAUCGACCGCGCCAAAUGCAGCAAAAAUUUGAUAAUUCAUUUAACUCUUCAAUUGAACCGUUCGUUAAUCUUCCCCCGCGAUUUCCAGUCACCGAUGAACGUAAGCCUUUCGUCUGCCAGCAUUGUGGAAUUUCAUUUGCACGGGAAAAAGCUCUUGCAUCACAUGCUCGAGUACACGGAGGUGAUUGUCAAUUUGAGUGUGAAUCUUGCGGUGACCGGUUCUGGGAUAAAACCAUGCUACAAGAUCACAUUCGUCAACGUCAUGCUGCUAAUUUGGUAGUAACUGGACCAAAAGCAACGAAGAGUAGUUACACUUUGUUGCAACCGGAAAUCGAAAACCAUACCUUAGAAACCGAGAACGCAAAACAAAAUUUCUAUUGUGACAGUUGCGGAGCAAUAUUUCCAAAACCAGAUCAGUUGAAACGUCACAUAAAACAAACCCAUAGUAGUAAAGAACAGAUGCUGGAACCAAUAAGUCAAAUAGUGCGGCAAAGGCAACAACAUAGCCAACAAAUUAUUAAUUUCGAUGGCGAGGAAGACGAAGAUCAGGCUCAGUACGACGAAGUUGAAUCGCAAACACCGUUGUCUUGUAACGUAUGCGGUGAAAGAUUUGCCGAAGCUCUAGACUUAUUAGCUCACGCAGAGGUGCACACACGGUUCGAGCCGCACAGAUGUCAACUAUGUAGGGAAACAUUCAUCGACGAAAAAACGAUCAAAGAACAUGUACAACACAUCCACAAAGCGGACCUCACUGAUACUAGCUGUGUAGUUUGCGGCAAAUCUUGCAGAACUCACGCUGCACUACUCAAGCACGCUUGGGAGCACUCACGAGAACGUUUAAAUUACGGAACACAUUGUUGUUCUAAAUGUGGCAAGACGUUCUACAACAAGGCUCGCCUAAAACGGCACAUGGUUUCCCACCGGAAUAAAUCAGUCAAAUGUGAAGUUUGCCUGGAGGAGUUUCCGGACGGGAGAAGUUUAAUGAACCAUCGACAUUCGCACACUAAGUCGCGUCAGUUUCCGUGCAAUGUAUGUGGUAAAACAUUUGGAUCUCGUUCAUCCCAGCAGAUCCACUUGAGAAUUCAUUCUGGCGAACGACCUUACGGUUGCAGAUUUUGCUGGAAAGCUUUCGCUGACGGAGGAACAUUGAGAAAACACGAACGUGUCCAUACUGGCGAAAAACCGUACGGUUGCUCUGUCUGCCCUCGCGCAUUUAAUCAACGUGUUGUGUUACGAGAGCACAUUCGUUCCCAUCACUCUGCGCCGGAUUCAAAGCAAGGAACCGCGACACAGCCAUAUUUCUGCUCCGUUUGUACUCAGCUAUUCGAAUCAUCGGCUGAACUGAUACAACAUCUGAUUCAACAUAGUGAUCUGAACACAGCAAUGAAGCGACAACCGCCAACGUUUCCGCGAAAGUACAAAAGAAGGAAAAAGCUAAAGUCUUCGGAUGGUGAAAAACAAACUCCUCCAAAGUGGAAAAAGAAGAGCAACAUGAGUCGCAUAGAGGAGGCUGUCAGUGACGGUGUUACGGAGGAUGAAGAUCCACUAAAAAAUCCAGCCGAAAUAUUACUUGAAUAUGGAACAGGAAACUGCAGCAAAAAGCUUAUUGCGUCUCCGAAAUAUAUCAACUCGUACGAACUGCUAGCAUCUACAUCAGGCAUUACCCACGCGAAGCCUGGCAAUCUGGACGACAGUGGAAUUAAUCUGUUGAGUGAUGUAGUUCUAAUUAACAGCCCUUCUACUACUGUAGAUACCAAAUUUAGACCCGACGUAUCGGAAUCACCUAAACGUCGGGGUGGAAAACAGCCAUCAACAAUAGCGAAUUUUCACACCAUCUUAGGUCAACCAAGUACUUCAGCAAGCAAUUCGCGCCCUCGAAUGAUACAUACACAAAAGACUCGAGUAUCCGCUACCGAUGGCAAGCGUAACACUAAAACUAUUAUAACGAAAGAUAUUAAAUGUAGUCCCGAGAGUAAGCAAUAUUCUACGUUGGAGUUCAAAAGAGCUAAAAGCCGUUCCGUAGCAACGUACCAAGAAAUCCCAUCCGACAAGAUUUCAUCGGAAAGUUUUCCCCUGUUGGAUGACGGUUGUGAAGAUGACUGUGAUGGCGAUGAAGAACCACAGGACGAUGCUUUAUCACCUUCAAUAACAGAGAUCGAUCGGAAGCAGGACGUACCAGCAUACGAAGACCUGCUCAACCAAAACCUUCUUAUGGAGAUAUCGCGUAAGGAUAAAUACAUUGAUAAAUAUAAUAGUGAUAUUGUCAACGACUUAGAGGAAAUUCUGCGAUCUCCAAUUAAAAACGCCACCAACAAUGUGCCACCGACUGUAAUAAUGGCCACUCCUAAAACUAGUCACAGCCAACAGUAUGAUCCUGUAGCGGAAAAGCAGGAAGAGAAAAAACCAACCAAGCUAAUGAAAUACAGCAAAUCAAACGACCAUCAUUCGCUAACAUCAAUCUUACGAAGUCAACGCCUGACACGUCGGCAGUUGGAACGAGAGGUUAACUUUUUACGGGAAGCGUAUGGUACGGACUCGAUUACCAUCAAGCAGGAGAAAGACAGCCCCGAUAAACUGUCGACCAUGUUAUUGAACGACGUACAGCCAACUUCGUCAACAUUAGUCAACCCGAAACAAGAGCCAUUACAGAACCUACCGAUAAGUGAGGCACUGCUGGAAGCUCCCGAACCCGAGCGGUUUGAAUGUGAAAUGUGCUUCGCGACAUUCGAGGACAGAUCCCAGCUGUUGCUGCAUGUGCCGGUUCACAUUUAAAAAGUUUUGUUAUAACAGUUAUUUUUCCUAUUGUUCACAUCUAGAGCUUUCCUGAAUAGUUAGUACGCUUUUCGCUUCUGUUGAUACUAAUUCAAUAUAAAAGUAGAACAUUUGAAUUGUCUAUUCACAAAGUGAGAAUAAACUGUAAAUGUUUCAUCAAAAUUA